CGUGACUGAAACUGGGCAAGGGUCCGACUCACAUUAAUGCAGUUAUGAUUGCCAUGCAGUAUGUAAAACCUCGUUCUUACAUUUAUUUAAAUAGAUAUUCUGACACACGGGCUCUCAAACGUUUUGCAGCCAGGGACCGCUUUAACUAUCAAAUUAAUUACACAGAACUGCUUAGUAGCCUACAGAUUUACUUUAUGAACAUAUCCCAACUAUUUAAAUAUUAAAGUACAAUAAUAUUCAGGUUUUUUGUUGUUGUUGUUGUUUUUGUUGUUUUUUUUUUUGUUGGUUUUGUUGGGGGGCAAGAGCAAGUGCAAGAGAAAACUGCAUGGGUAUGAACCAUUUCCUCUGAUACUGUCAUGUUUCUACAAGUGCGUCAUCAUAACGCCGAAGUGCGCAGGUCAUUUUCUUUUGAGAGAAACUCUCCUGCAGAUCAACUUUCUCUAGGCUACUUAAACUAUGAGACAUCGCCUAAACAUGAACAAAGCAACGAUUAUUCAUACUUUAGUCUUGUUCUUACAUCUCCAGCAGUCGCGUUGUGAUGUUCAAUCUAUCAGUUGGAAUUUCCUUCGCUCUGAAGGCCUCGGCCUUCCCCAUUACACAGAGAGUGGCACUGUGAAUGAUGUGACCCUAUAUUCCUUUGACAGCAACAUGAAGUCGACAGCUCCAUGUCCCGAAUGGUUCAACACUACAGCUGGUCAGCAACACUGGAAAGAGGCCAGAUUUUUAUUUCACCGCAACAUGGCAACUAUGGAUUUAGCACUCCAAACAGCUAUGUCACAGUUCAACCUCACAGGUCCACAUGCGGACAUUAACGUUUACCAAGCCUACAGUCACUGUGACCUCUAUCCAGAUGGCACCACCAAGUCAUCGUUAACCCAUGCCUUCAAUGGGAAGGACUUCUUAAGUUUAGAUAUGGACAGUAAGACGUUCAUCGCUUCUGUUCCUCAAGCCCUCAUAUAUAAAAGGGUUAGGGAGAAGGAUAUAAUCUGGCUUGAAACCUUGGUGUCUUACUACAAAAAGACCUGUUUUGACCGCCUUAGGAUGUUCUUAGAGCAUGCUUCUAGUGUCAGAAAUAAGAAAGCUCCAGAGGUCAGGCUUUUCAAGAGGCAGAGCGCUGGUUCCACGCUCCUCACGUGUCAUGUGACUGGGUUUUACCCCAGAGCAGUGCAGGUGAAGUGGAUUGGGGCAGAUUUACAGCUGGUGGAUGACGAGAUGAAUGAUGUGCUGCCUAAUGGUGAUGGCACGUUUCAGACCAGAAGCAGUGUGAUCAGACCUGAGGAGAACACAGGAGAUCAGCGCUACAGCUGUGUAGUGCAUCACAGCAGCCUAGAGGGAAAUAUUACAGUCACCUGGGGUAAGGAAGAGAAACCCUUCAGACUUUAUGUUUGGAUUACACUAGGCUGCGUUUUCAUCGCCGCUGUAGUCGGGCUUGUAAUACGAAGCUUCUGUUAUAAAAAAGGUCAAUUCAUUCUCCUCUCCUGAGAAGAUCGAGCUGUCUAUCCUCAACCUCAAACUCCUACAGCCCUCAGGUCUAGCUGUUUCUUCUCGGAUAUUUGCACACGUCUCGUCUUCACUCAAGUCAAUCUAAAUGAAGAAAGAGCAUUUCUCAGGCUCAGUCUGAACCACAAAUAAGCUUGAUUAAAAAUCCGUUUGUCACUUAACCCUUCACGUUAACCUUAAUUCUCAAAGUGUUACAUAGUUUUGCACAACGUCAGUAUAAUUAACAAACUUUUUUUUUUGCGUUAUUACAUUUAGUUUUACAAUAGCAGAUGUAUUACCUUUUCAUUUGAACUCUUUUUUACCAGGUGCCCAGGUUCAGCGUUGAAUUUAUUUGCGAUGUCACACUCCACAGUAGUGCUUAAUAGCUCAUAUGAAUGUAGACAUUCAAGGCUUUAACAAUUAGCAGUUUUUCACAAGUAUUUCUGUUUUGACCUAGCCACCUAGGGGCAAUAUAUUUAGAGAAAAGGGUUUUUUUUUCACACAAAUGUUUAUUUCUUAUUCCUAUUCCUAUUCCUGCUCUCUGAGAUGCCACAAGUGCCAAUUAAUAUAUAAGAGCAUCAAUUAAUAUAGUUUGUUUGGUUUUCAUGAUGUGUUGAAAAAAAAAAAAAAAAAAAAAAGGUGGG